AUGAAGUGGGAAUAUAAGGAAGAGCAUCCCUUCGAAAAACGACGAGCUGAAGGCGAGAAAAUUCGCAAGAAGUACCCCGAUAGAGUUCCGGUGAGUCGGCUCAGCAAGCUUGGAAUUUUGUGGUAACUUCCUGUCAUCAAGUUUAUCGAAUUUGUUUUAAGCAACAAGGAUGUUCCUAAAGUUUCCGACUCUGAGAUCUUUAAAUGCUUAGCUAGGAAGAAAUUAUUUCCAUUUUAUGACUGAUCGAUUGGUAGGAAAACAGGCGCUAAGCCUCUAAUAUUUUGCAAAUUGUAUGGCGUCAGAUUUUAUUUUGCAACGUCACCAAGGGGUGCAACUUAUUUCCAGAUCUAAGUAAAUUCUAUAUCGUUGAGCUAAAACAUACAUUACUGACUCUUGUCCUUUUUGUUUGAUAAUUACAGUUAAAGAAUAAAUACCUGUCUGUGGUAUGCCCCGAAAAAUUGCCUACUAAGCUUAAAAAACAAUCUUGCAGCUAGUCGCUUUGCUGUACAGCCUCCCAGAAAAGAUUAAGCUUAUGUUGAAGCUAAAAAGUGCAAUAGUAUUUCACUUUCGUGUAAUUCAAACCAACCAAUACACAGCAUUACCGAACUAAAAUUAUUUAAAUUUAAUAAUUUUUAACUUGAACACUAUGAGGAGUUAACCCAUUCGUGUUGACGCCCAAACUAUGAGCAUUAAUAAAAUAAUCAUUGAGAGAUAUGCCAGACUGACCAGGCGGCAUUUGAUCAAAAUAUGAAUACUUAACAAUUAUUUGAUGAGGCUGAGUGUCAUCUUAAGAAUUUUGAAGAUCGAGGGGGUUGUUAAUCAGCCUUAGCAGAUAACACCCUCCAAGAUCUCCAUAAUUCUUCAGAUGAUACGAAAGGUGAAUUCAUAAUUGUUUUAUCAUUCAUUCAAAAUCAUUCCUAGUUUAAAAACAGAUGAAAGCAUGCUUAACUCCAUUAAUGUUAACUUCAUCUUCAGUUACCAGUUUAUCAGGAGUUUAGUGGUUUUCAGAACUGCAAAUAUCCUCCAAAUAGCAGACAUCGUCUGUCAAGUUGUCUUGUUGCUGUUUUUGCUAUGUUUUUAGCCAACAGUUUGCCUAUUUCUUAAAAUGUUCAGCCAUGUUAUGCUCAUUACUUAAAACCUCAUCCCCAGGUCUUCUCACCUAGCUGUUCAGUUUUCUGGCAAUUAUGCUGCACAGUUGACAUCAUUUUUGACAUAUCACAAAAGUCUUCCAACUGUGGUAGACAGUAGCUGGUUGUCAUGUGAAUGCAAUCAGUAAUACAGGUACUUAUCCACUGGAUAUUUGCACAGAAUAAAUGAAGGGGCAUGUUCAGCCUCAAGAAAAUUUGCAACCAAAGUGAAGCAUUCCAUUUUCCUUCUUACAAAAUUGUCGAUAACUUAUCAUUCCUUAUGAGGAGGAACUGAAGGCUACAAUUUUUCAAAGCUGAACUAUCAGACCAAAGCAACUGAUCAAAGAGAAUCUCCUCUGGUGAUGGACUGCUUUUAAUGGGGACUGGACUGGGUUUUAGGCAUUCCACUGAUAUUCUAGCCGAAAAAUUUGGCAUAAAUUUUGAAAUGCAUUUAUGGGGACAAUUUUUCUGAAAUUUAAGCUAGUAUACACAACCAUUCAAAUAAUAUUGAGUCAGCUCAAGCAGUAUUUCCAUGUUGUCUCAUUUGAAUUCCGUUUUUAUUUUUCCACGGGUUUAGAGUUGAAGCAUUUUCUUUGUGCAUAAGUACAGUGUACAAUUUACGGCAUUCUGAAAAUUAACCAAUCAGUUGGCUAAUCCUGUUCUGAAACAGUCAGAGAAUGGUUUCCUAAAGGAAGGGUGCUUAAAGCAUAUACAUGUAUUUCACCCUUAUACCCUUCAAGCACCAAUAUCCAUUAUAUAAACAAUUUCCAAACAGAAAAAAAACAUCUUAAAGGAAACUUGAAGGGUCGAAUUACACACUUGCACACCCAAGGCCCUAACUUGCCUGCUUUAGAAUUGUGACAAUUGAGUUUUUAUGAGGGUUUGUCUUUUCAAAUAAUGACUGUCGCACUGUACAAAGAGCAAAGUACUUGGCAGUGUAAAAAGAAGAGCAAGCAGCUUGGGACAUUUAAAGUGUUAACUUUGUUUCUUUGUUGAGUCCCACUGUACUGCUUUGCCAGCUCAUAUGUGGCUAUUUAUUAUCAUGUUACAGCAUGUUGCAGAAUGCCAAUAUAAGUCUCUAUACCAGUAAGCCUUUGCAUUAAAGGCUUUAAUACAUGUAUAAUCCUUUUUAAGCCUUCAUAUUAAAGCUUUGAAUGCUUUAUAAACCUUAACAAUAAAAUGCACUAAAUUAUACUCAAACCAAGGAAGGGCUGAGCUCUAACAAAUGGUGACUAGUGCCGUCUGGUGAAUCACUUUUGCUCAGACUUGGUCAAAGAGAAAUCUUAGCUUUUUCAUAGAGCUUCUAUGCUGGAGUUUCACAGAUGGGGCUGCUCAGGGUUUCCUACAAACCUUGUUGGAGCAAAUUCCUUCAAAUAUCAGUCUUAAGGCAGUACCCAAAGUUUGUGAUUUUUGGAACAGUUGAAAUGCAGUAAGAUUGUGAAAUUAUUUUUUUUGGAAAUCCUAGCCUUCUAUGUCCUUUAACACUGUUGCAGAAAGCAUUAAAAUUGUAUUUAUAAUUAUUUGUUUUGAUCUUUUCUUUAUUUUAAAUUGCAGGUGAUUGUGGAAAAAGCUCCUAAAGCGAGGAUCGGUGAUUUGGAUAAGAAGAAAUACCUUGUUCCCUCAGAUCUGACAGGUUAGUGAUUAUUUUAAGGAUGGAACAGUGGCAUUGUAAUGCUACAAUCAAUGAUUCACCAAAUAAUGACCCUGUUCCAGGGCUCGAAAUUAAAAGAUUCCUUUGGUUGCCUUUUGGUAACCAGUUGGAGAAAUCUAGUUGCCAGAUGCAUAUUUUUAGUCGCCAGUUUGUACAACCAAAAGAAUAUUUGAGGUUGGUUGAAAGUGUUUAAAUUCGUUUGAUUAUCCCAGGUCUGUUCGUGUGGGACUCAUUGACAUAAGCAAGUACAUAAAUAAGGAAACAAGAAAAACUAGAUUUGUUUAACAAACUUAGAAACACAAAAUAAUUUUGCCCAGCCCAAAUUUAUAAGUAAAUAAGAAUUUCUAUCCUCUAUCUUUGACUUUAUAGCAAACAGGAGCCAAACACGAUUACUUGGAGAAUUUGCACAUACAAAGGAAUCAACAUGGCCGAUAGCCAUUCAUUACCAGAUCUCCUCUUUUCAAGUGAAACCACUUGCCACAAAAAGGCGUAGUAAAAUUACGCAGCUACACGAUCCAUCAGAUUUGGGGGUAAACCAUCCUCGGAGACCCAGGGGCAGAUAAAGGGGGCGAGGGAAAGUCUAUACGGGCGGAAAAAUAUAUAUGGAACGAAGAAAAGUAAAGAAUGGCGAGAAGAGCCCCUGGGGACAAUGUCUUACCAGACCAGUUCCAAACGGUCGUCGCCGUUCUGGCUUCUGAUUGGUGCCAGAAAAACACAAGUUUUCUGGCACCAAUCAGAAGCCAGAACGGCGGCGACUGUUUGGAACUGGUCUGGUAACACAUUGUCCCCAGGGGCUCUUCUCGCCGUUCUUUACUUUUCUUUGCGCCACAUUUUUCCGCUCGUUUAGACUUUCCCUCGUCCCCACUAUCUGCCCCUGGGUCUCCGAGGAUGGGGGAAAACUGACUUUGUUUAUGCGAUUUGGCACAUUUUUUUGAUGAAAAUAAUGAAGCAAGAUAAAAUGAAAAUGUUAGUUUCAACUACUCCUUUUAUUUAAAUCUAAGUCAUAGAGAAAUCUGGUCUCCAAAUUGGCGACUAAACCAGAAUUUUUAGUCGCCAUGGAGAAAAUGUUAGUCGCAUUGGCAACCAUAUCGGUCGCUAUUUUGAGCCCUGCACUGUUCUGAAAAUAAAUCGUUUAUUUAUUUGAUACUCCAAUAAAAUGUUUUUUUCAGUAGCAAUUACAAAAAAAAAAACUAUAAAUUUACAUAAAAACUGUCCUGGUUGGUAUUAAAAGAGGUAAAGUAAGUCAAAGUAUAAAAGGUUCUGUGAACCUGUAAAAAUUCUCCCAAGUGUGACACUGAGUCUUAAAGAGCCUUAAAGUUAAUCAAACUACUGUAUUCACAUAGCAAGUCGCUGGUUACUAAUGACACCGUUGGGGUUCUAAAAUAACUGAGAGAAAUGAAAUGAAGGUACUGCCUUCGCCCUACAAAAGGGUAGACCUUUACAUGGUUUUGUUGACCAUGUCAAGAGGCAGUCCCGUCUCCAGUAGGAGACAUAAAUAUAGUGUUCUCAGUUCAGAGUUUUGUGCUAAAUACAUUUGCAUUCAAUGUACAUGUCUCAACAUGUCAACAACAACGGACAGUGAUAUUAAGAAUUAUUUAAUUUUCUUCUUUUUUUUUUUUCAGUUGGACAGUUUUACUUCCUCAUCCGAAAGAGAAUUCACUUGAGGGCUGAGGAUGCAUUGUUUUUCUUUGUUAACAAUGUGAUCCCACCCACAAGCGCUACGAUGGGUCAGCUCUACCAGGAACAUCAUGAAGAGGACUUCUUUCUUUACAUAGCGUAUAGUGACGAGAGUGUGUAUGGCACACAGUGA